CACACAUUAUCAGCUGAGUUGAAAAUCUUUGUGCACGUCAUUCGAGUUAAAAAGCUAGAAUAUUUAGCGAAUUUUGUAGUAUUUCUGCAGUUAUUGGUCAAUUUUGUAUUUGAAAUAGUUUUUCGCGAACAAUCGCUAACUAUUGCUAGUGAAAUCAAUAUGUUUCGCUCGUCAAAUUUCGAUAAAAGCCUGGAAAGUGCGACUAGCAACUUGAUCCUGGAACCGGAUUGGCAGUCGAUAAUGGUGAUUUGUGAUGCUAUUCGUCAGGGCGACGCCACGCCUAAAUAUGCUGUGCAGCAGUUGAAGAAGAAAUUGUUCUCGGCCAAUCCACAUACUGCGCACUACGCCCUGCUGGUGCUGGAGAGUGUCGUGAAAAACUGCGGCUCGCCGAUUCACGAUGAGAUCUCCAACAAGGCUAACUGUGAGAUGUUUCAAAAUCUUGUGAACAAUACCCAGCACGAAGAGGUUCGCAAUAAGAUGUUGGAGCUGAUCCAGGCCUGGGCUUUUGCUUUUCGGUCGACGUAUAAGUACCGGUCGAUUCGGGAUACUAUGAACAUCUUAAAGAGCGAGGGUCAUAAGUUUCCUGAGCUAAAGGAAGCGGAUGCAAUGUUCACGUCGGAGAAUGCACCGGAUUGGGCUGAUGGAGACGUUUGUCAUCGUUGUCGAGUGCAGUUUACGUUUACCCAGCGAAAGCAUCACUGUCGCCACUGUGGUCAGGUGUUUUGUCAGCAGUGUUCAUCAAAGACCAGCACCCUACCCAAGUUCGGUAUCGAAAAAGAGGUCCGUGUGUGUGAUGGAUGUCAUACUAAUUUGCAGCGCCCAGUGCCAACGUUGACUAAAAAACCAACUGAGGAAGAAGAUUUGCCGGCUGAAUAUUUAAGUAGUUCUCUGGCACAACAGGCGCAAGCUCCUGCUCGUAAAACUGAGGAAGAGUUACGUGAGGAAGAAGAGUUGCAACUUGCCUUGGCUUUGAGUCAAUCGGAAGCGGAGACAAAGAAGACUUCGCAGACAAGAAGAACUUUCCACAAGUCACCCAGCCCGGAGCCGAUAAAGAUCCAGCGUAGUCCUAGUCCGGUCGAAGAAAUUCCCACGGAUCCGGAAUUGGCAAGAUAUUUGAACAGGAACUACUGGGAACAACGUCAGGCAGCUGAUUCACCAGCUUCACCAUCAGCUCCGAGUCCCAUGCCGAGUCCGAUGCCAAUCAUAAACAAUUUGCUGCUGACCAAGGUUGGGGGCGAUGAUGCUGAAAUAAAUGAAUUCGCUCACAUGAUGAAAACACAGGUGGAGAUUUUCGUUAACCGAAUGAAAUCUAACUCAAGCCGAGGCCGCAGCAUUUCGACAGAUAGUUCAGUGCAAACUUUAUUCAUGAAUUUGACUUCGCUGCACUCGCGUUUGCUAACUCACAUUAAAGAUAUGGACGACAAACGCAUGUGGUAUGAACAUCUGCAGGAUAAGUUGACUCAGAUCAAAGAUUCUCGGGCAGCGCUAGAUGUGCUUCGACAGGAACACCAAGAAAAGCUGCGACGAAUUGCUGAGGAACAGGAAAGACAGAAGCAGAUGCAGAUGGCACAGAAGUUGGAAAUCAUGCGAAAGAAAAAGCAAGAAUAUUUGCAAUAUCAACAUCAGUUAGCUCUGCAGCGUAUUCGAGAACAGGAACGAGAGAUGCAAAUGCGCCAGGAGCAACAAAAAGCUCAAUAUCGGAUGGGAACUGCUUUUCCGUUUAUGGGUCCUUCGACACCUGGGCAACCUCGAGGAUCACCAGCGCAUGUGAGUGUUGGAGGUUAUCCGGGCUAUGGCUAUCAGCAAAUGCCUGGAGGAGGAGCUCUUCCACACUAUGGACCCCCAGGAAUGCCACCCCAAAUGGGACAACAAUUAUUUUCGCCACAACACGGACAACCGGGUGCUAUUGGCGGACAAUAUAUGGGCCCUGGUAUGUCUCAAGGUCCUCCAGGAGCCGAGAAUGUACCUAACUCGACACAACAGCAACCGGUUGGUCCCCCUGGACCUGUACCACAGCAACAAGGUCCACCUGGAUCAAUGAUUCCACCGCCUGGUAUGAAUAUUAUGCCCGGACAGGGCGCGCCAAUGAUGGGUCCUCCGCCACAACAAGCACUGCCUUUGAAUCAAGGUACUUUGCCCCCGGGAGCUCAAAUGCCACCCCAGCAAGUAGUCCCAGAUGCACAACAAGCACCGGUUCCGCAGCAGCAGCCACAUCAACAACAACAUCAACCACAGGCAACUGUUGGACCAGCACCUAUUCCUCCUCCGGGGGGACCUGUUGCAGCACCGGUACCUGCUCCAGCAGUCGCAGCUCCAACUGCUCCCGAACCAGCGACGGCUGAAUUAAUUAGUUUUGAUUGAACGCACUGAAAGAUGACGGAAAAUGCCGCAGAAUGGUUUGAUGGUUGAUCCAGGAUCGUUUGAAGACGUUUCAUAUUCUAUAUCACAUGAGACUACAAUAUAUUUGACCCAUCAGAUUAUUCCGGUAAUGCAAUUUAUUCAAUAAGAACGUGUUAUACAUGAAUACCUUAUUGUGCAUGAGGGCGGAUGGCUUUUUGGAACGAAAGUGAUCUUUAAUCUCACAAAUAACAGCAAUGAAAUUGAAUUCGAUCGAAUCACAGCUAUACCCUCGUAAUGUAGAAUAAGUUUCUAUAUAUAUUCCAGUUCACAGUGUUAUAACCAUUUAAAGCAAUGAUGCAAUGAUUUGAACAAAUAAAUAACAUUUUCAGAUAUUAGGGACCAUUCAUUAAUUAGGUCACGCAAAAAUUUUCCCCACCUCCCAAUCCCUCGUUUCACUAACUGUCGCGAAUUUCUUUAUUCUCUUUUAAGGUUGCACAGAGAAUGCGCAAAAUUCGCAAACGAAAAGAGCAGUUUUUUUUCCACACCGUAUGUUAGAUCUUCAUAAAAAUCAAUCAGCGUGUGUAGAAUGUUGUUACAGUACUGCUGAUUGAUUUUUAUGAAGAUCUGAUAUACGGUGUGGAAAAAAACUGCUUUUUUCGUUUGCGAAUUUUGAGCAUUCUCUGUGCAACCUUAACGUCACGAUUUUUUUCUCAAGAUAUUUUACAACUUUUUACUUCAUGGUGUGAUAUAAUUUAUGAAUGGUCCUAUCUGUGUAGUUCUUGUAGGUGUCGACCAUAUAUUCAAACAGUGAAAUUGUUACGCAUUAUAUUCUCAAUAAAAUUACUCAUA